AUGCGGAAGAACCCAUACAAAUUCAUGAAGCACAGCAAAACCAGCUUGCAGGAGGGAGGGCAACAAGGGAAUAAUUCAGGUAAGAUGUUUCAUAACUACAUCUCUGCAAGUAGUAUGAGUGCAAGAAUCAAAUUUGACAUAUGCAACUGUGCUGACCUUGCUUCCUUACAUGCUGAUGAUGAAGAUCAUCAACCAAAUGUGGGAGCGCAGGCCAUACUAGACCUCAAUGUGCCACCUACUGAUGAUGACUGCCAAGCAGAUGGAGAUGUCACAUUUGCUGUUCCUACAGAACAAAAUUAUUUUGAUCUCAAUUUACAAGCUUCUGCCCAAUAUGAAGAAAUGCAAGACAUCAAUGAUUCCUUCUUUGAGGCCAUGGAGGAGGACAUGCAAAUGUAUGGCGUUUACAUGGACGAAGUGGACAGUGUCUUCAACCAACAGGCCACGGAUGGCUCAACCACCGAAGAUGGACAUGCAGCUGCAAAUGUUCGCACCAGGUCAAAAGAUCUUACUCCAACACAAAGACAACAAAUAUAUGAAGCUUUGCUUGAGAGAAGUGUCAACGGUAAACUAAGGAAAAACAGUACAAAUAAGGUUGCUGAAUUGUUCAAUGUCCAUCGAUCAGCGAUGUGUGGCGGAUUUGGAAGCGUGCAAAGCAAUGCCGUGAUAUUGGAAAACCAGUUGAUAUCGGUUCUAGGAAGCCCAAGAAUUCUGGCCGGAAAAAGGUUAAAGUUGACCUAUCACAAGGUCCAACAAUUCCACUGCGCAGAAGGUCAACUAUAA